CCUUUCGUGGUCUUGAUUGAAAUAGGUCAACUGGAAAUCCAAGUAAGUUUCAUUUCAUUCUUUCCAACUAAUUUUAAGAACACUUUCAUAUUAUCAUUAUUAUUUUUAUACUACUGCUACAAGGCAAUAGAAACUGAUAUAAAGUCAAAUGCAGUAAGAUUGGGAUCAGGGAGGAAACAAUUAACAGGUCGUGGAUAUUAGUGUCGUCUGACCUUUACUUAAAGGAGGCGGUGCACCGGGGAUGUUGGGCCGAGAAGUUGUUCUGAGAAAUCUGGUGAUUGUCCACCUUAUUCAUUACACUGCUGUCAUGCUCAUCACUCGCUACCAAGAGACUGACUGACGAUCGACAGAGAAACUUUUGUCUCCAAGCUCUAUUUGUAGCAGACAUUUGUUUGUAGUCAGUGUAUAUAUAUACACACACACACACAUUUAUUGAAGCCUGUGAAUUUGUGUGCUUUAAUACAAGUCUGGAAAAUACCUUCCAAUCACAAGUGUGGUUCAGUGGUACUACAGACAUGAUGUGUACGCCAGGAACUGUGAUGUUAUUGAUGUUAUUGAGACUUUCUAAAGGAGUUUUCUUAGCUUCAGAGACUUGUUCCCAGUCUGGAUGGUUCGGACCAAAGUGUGUCUACAAGUGUCACUGCCAAAAUGACAGUCUUGAUAAGACACCAUGUGAUUUCGCUCAGGGAACCUGCGCUGAAGGAAGUCGAUGUGAAGAUGGCUACACAGGAGCAUCCUGCCAGUAUAGCUAUCUCGCCUUCUGCAGGAGUUCUUCACUUGUAAGUUGUGAAGGAGACCAGGACAGUUCUCUUGCUGUUGAUGGUAAGGAUGCAACGUGUAUCACGCUACGAGCAAUGGGGUCACGUGACUGCUCCUGGUCUGUAAAUCUCACAUCGGCAUCCUUUGUAACUCAGAUAAGUGUAAAAAUUCCUCCAGGUGAGUUUACCGGUGAUAUUUCCAAUGCUUUAUUAGAAUAACUGCAGUAUUCGUACAAAAAACUUAAAUAAAGGUAUAACAAUUUUUAUUUUGAAUUAAAUGCAGAUAAAAAUGAAAACUUUGUGCAUUAUAAAAAACGACAAUCACAGUUAAAGUCUCAUGCUACCAAAGACCUUGUAUUAUAUAAUACAUCAUCUUUCAUGCUACCAGUUCCCGAGAUAUUGUUUACUUGUAUGGAUGUCAGGCAUGACAUCAGGACAUAGAUUCUCUAUUGAUCUUUAUUCCUAGUCAAGACAAUUCUUUACCUGCUAUUUUCUUGUUGAUCUGUGUUUCUGUAAAUUCCUCAACUGUGUACGUGUUUUGAGGAGAAAAACUCAGUAGACCGACUUUGUCUUUAGACGUACUCCUAAAUCAUUUUACAGGUGCACACAAUAACUACACCUGGCAGGUAUAUUGCCAUAACGACAGGAAAAUCACAACAACAGAAGCCCGACGCCAGGUUUCAGCUGACAACGACAUCAUCUACUUCCCGCCGAAGAACUUUCUGGUGACGAGAGUUGAGA